AGAGGGAAUUACAAAGAGAAACACACUUCAUAUUCAGCUGGAUCGAUCAUCUUUAUUUUAUUUCCUCGGUAUUAGGAUGGCCGAAUAUUUCUUUUCUUUAUGCUGUUGCUCUUGCUGCUCCUCUUCUGCUCCACAAUCUCUUCAACAAGAAGCCGCCUCUUCACGAACACCUCCUCACCGACAAGCCGUUCCUGAGCAUUUCACCCCCCCUUCACCUUCACAACCUUCUGAAAAAGAGGCCACGGAUUUCAAGAAUAUUCUACACAAAUUCACUGAUGUCAGCAAGAUUCACGGUCUGAUUCAGAUUUUAGAGGAUUUAUUGAAGAUCGCGACGGGAGAGAGGAGUGAUAGAGGAUCUAAUUCAGCGGCAGGCUCUCAUAUCCAAGAUGUCAAAACAAUCCUGGAGAUGCUAGAUAAACGUAUUGGCAAGCGUCCUUUAAGGGAAAAUUCUACAGAUGACGCAAUUGCAGAAAUGGGAAAGGUUUUUAUAGAUUUACUCAAAGGCUCUGAGAAAAUUUCUAAAGUAGGAGUAGCACUUUCUAUGUUGGGAUAUGUAUUGGAGAGAUCUAGUCGGAUGCAUGACAACAAGACUGAGUGCCUUGAAGUUUUGAGAAGGAUGUUUAAUCUUGGAAAGCAAAUUGUAGAAUUGAAUGAGCAAAUUUCAGAGCAGAAGCAGAAACUAAACGAGGGAGUCCAGUGCAUCGUUGAAGGAACUAUCAUGUGCAUCUCCCAACUUGCAGAGGCCGAUGUUUUCAGGUUUCUUGCUGCUACAGUCAAUGCCAAUAGCUUAAAAGAUUUUCAACUCAAAAUAGACCGCUUGUAUAGCGACAUCCAUUUGUUGGCUUCAAUUGACAUAGGGGAAAGAGUGCCAAAGAUUUCUCCACAAACACAGAAAAUCUAUGCAUACAAACCCACAGUUGGAAUGGAGAGCGCACGGGAAACUGUAAUUCAACAUCUUGAUUUGGAUGCACAAGAUGAAACACCAAUUGUUGUAGUUGUCUAUGGAUUUGGAGGCAUUGGCAAGACGACACUUGCCGAUGCCGUUUAUGCUAACAUAAGUCUCCAAUCUUAUAAGCAUUGUAGAAUUCAGAUGGAUCAAAAUUGUACCAAGAAUGAUCUUAAGAUCCUCCAAGAGCAGAUAUUGUAUGGAUUGUUCAGAGAGAACUUGAAAUUGAAUAAUUGUGAUGAUGGUCGGGCAAGGCUGUUGUCAUCUUUAAAAAACAAUCCUGAGCAGCUUUUAUUUUUAUACCUUGACAAUGCUCUCAAAAGUAAUGAUCUGGAGCAACUUCUACCUACAGACUUUUGCAGUUGCCUUCCACCGAAGAGCCGAGUACUUGUCACUACUCGAAAUCUCAAGGAGACAAACAUAUUUAUCUCCAGUAAUAUUCGACGCCGAGAAUAUGAUGUGAGUCCUCUUCCACAAAUAGAGUCCAGAAAACUUUUGUUGAAGAAAGUACCAGACUACAGUGAUGAAAGUAAUAUACACAAACUCCUUGAGCUAUGUGGUGGUGUUCCGCUUCUACUGGAACUAGCUGGUUCGCAGCUAGCUAUGAAUACCCGAAAUACAAAGAAUAUAGUAUUGGAGAUGCUUAGAGAAGGAGAGAAGGUCGAAGACAGAGAUAUAAGCGACAGCAUGGUUGGUUUUGUAUAUGACAGAUUCUCAGAACCUGUUAAACAGGCAUUUCUAGAUAUUGCAUCCUACUUUUAUAAUUGGAAAAGUAAAGAAGUGGCCAGCAUAGUUGGAGAGGAAGAAUUUGGAACUCUAGAAGCGACGUCAUUUGUCAGGACAUCUGAAGGCGGCUAUGUGAUUGUUCAUGACAUAGUUCGAGCAAGAGGGAAAAAGCUAUCAGAGCAAGAGGGAAAUAGAAUAAGAGACCCUGAGACUUUAAUAGAAUGCUUGAAAUCUGAAGAGAAACUCAGAAAUUUGAAAGGUAUUUUUCUUAGUGAAGGAUAUCAACAACUUCCAAUUGAAAUUAGUCUUGAUCAUCUUAAUUGCAUGAGCAAAUCAUUAAGAGUGCUACAUAAUGGUGGAUCACAAAUAACAUUCAGUGGGAAGUGCCAUAAACCAUUUGAACAACUCAGGUACCUUAAGAUUCCAAGUAAUGUUCCUGAUUUGCCAAUGGAGUUUGAGAAACUUAAGCAUCUCUCCUGGUACAGCGGCCCAUUGACACAGAGCAUGAGUUUGUAUGAGUUUCCUCCAAGCUUGUGCUACAUGAACAUUGAGGAUUCUUCUACAGGCAGAGUUGAAUAUUCUAAAAUUCCUCCCAAAGUCACUAAAGAUUCUUCACUAGUAAAACUAAGCUUAUAUCGUUUCAAAAAUAUGACAAGAUUACCAGAUGGAGUAGAAGAGCUAACAAACUUAGAGGAGUUAUGUUUAAGAUAUUGCAAUCAGUUGAGAGAACUUCCUUCCAAGUUGAGAGAUCUCAGCAAUCUAAAAGAGUUGACUUUACAUCACAGCAACAAAUUGAAAAAUUUGCCUGCAGACUUUGGGCAACUUAGCAAUUUAACAAGGUUGGAUUUAUCUGGCUGCUCUAGAUUAAGUGAAUUGCCUUCCACCUUUGGACAUCUUGUUUCCCUAAAAUAUUUGAAUUUGAAAGAUUGUAAAAGUCUGACAAAGUUACCUUCAAGUUUUGGCCAACUCAAAAAUCUAGAACAAUUAUAUUUGAGAGACUGCUCUGACUUAAAAGAGUUGCCUCCAGAUUUUGGGCAACUUAAAAAUUUAAUAGAGUUAGAUUUGAGCUUCUCUUCUGGGUUAGAAGAAUGGCCGUCAAGUUUCGAAGAUCUCACAAAGGUAAAGAAGUUGGUUUUGACAGAUUGUUCUCCAAAUUUGAUACAAUCGUUACCACAUAAUAUUAAAAGAAGUAAUUGUAUUGUAUCAAAAUAAAUAAUAAUUAUAUUCACCCCUCAAUUGUUUUUUUGAGAGGGCUUUUUAUUAUUUAUAAAAUUUGUAAAAUGAGGUUUGUGACCUCUCUUUAAAGAACAUAAGUUCUCCACCACUAGGCCA